AUGUCGCCAGGGGCUGACGAACGCGAAAAGAAGAAGAUCCGGAAUCGGCUGUCCCAACGAGCCUUCCGCCGCAGACGAGAUGAAUACGUCAAGGAGCUGCUGAGCCGUGCGGAAGCUUCUCAGAGGCCCGACACCGAGAGAAUCGUGGCUCUUGAACAAGAGAAUGGUCUCCUGCGCAGACGUCUCACCGAAGUCCAGUCUCGUCUCGAGGGCCUUCAGGGGACCCUCCAGAUGAUCACCGACUCCAUUUCAAAGACUCGCACUCAGACUUUGUCUCGAACGAUCGAAGAGGAAUCUUCAGAAAAGUCGGGAACAUCAGAGCAGUCAGCGGGACCCAGGACAACCAUCCGUCACGCCCAGCCAGUCGAACCUAGAACGCAACCACUGCUGUGCCCCUUUACUUGCUUGGAUCAGGAUAGCCUCUUGUCCGCGGAAAAGACUGUGGGCAGCGCCUUGGUGACUGACGCCGUGUUCGAAUUUCCCAAUGAAUCAUCACUUGUCUUCGCGGAUGAGUCCACCGUCGAUCAUGGCACAGCGGACCUGGAGUGGAUAAUGUCGCCCCUGAAAGCCCAGCAGAUUCCAAAUAUCUGGACUCUUAAUUAUGAAACGGGCAGCCAAUCUUGUUUUAACGCCAUGGCUUACGGCCGUUGUUCAGCAUCCAUCUCCGGGUCACAAUGGACACAGUCUAAUUCACCCUUCUCAGAUCACAUUAUGGUUCUCAGACAGCUUCUACAGGCCAAGCUUAACAAGCCGAGACUAGCCACCAAAAAUGAUUGUCGGUCCGUUUAUCAAUUCGUUUCGGCGGUUUUGGCCAUGUUCAACAGCAUUACCCGGCCGGACGUCAUGAACUGGUACGCAAAGACGCGGUUCUUUCACAUCAUAGAACUCGUAACGUGGCAGAUGUUUCCGUGCGACUCAACCUACCUGAGAGUACACAAACACUAUCGCCCGACCGCGCUCCAAACCAGGCUGCAGUCUCAGUACCCCUGCGUCAUCGACUGGAUUCCUUUCUCGUCCAUUCGAGACAGACUCAUCCAGCUGCACGCAGCCCAUCCCUGCAUCGACCAGAUAUUCUGUGAUGCAGUGAGCGCGUACGUUGUCGAGGCAAGCCUAUCGGACCUGGUCAUGGGGGCGCAGCCAACAAAGGUCUACAUUCGGGUCACCGAUCUGAUCGCGAGCAUGUCUUCUCUCGAGGAGCAAAAUCACGAAAGCUGUCUCGUCCCCAUGCUUCCCGCGCCCGACGUCAAGACCUUCUUCUCGUCACCCGAGUACGCCCGUGUCGUGUUCAAGCAUCUGAAGAUGGACUGCGGAGCGUCGUACUACAAGAUCGAUCCCAUCUUCUUCAGCAAAUACCCCGAGUUGUGCGACCCCAGAGACGACAUCAUCGCAUCGGGCAUCCCGCUGAGACCGCAAACGCAGACUACUCUGACGUAUCCUAGCCAUCUUGAUGCGUCUACUGUCGCGACGUACCGGAGCUUCAUAAAUUUCUCUCUGGACGCUGUUGUGGAAAUCUGUAAAGUAGAGCUGUAA